GUUGAGAAACAAAUUGAAUGAGAAAUUGAAUGAAUGUUUGAGUGAAACGUAUUUAUUGAACGAGUAUUUCGUCGUCUCAUAAAAAGGCGAUCAAAACGUAUCGUCCGUUUCAGUCGUCUUUCACUACAACUCAUUCAACAAAUCAAUAAAUCAAAGCCUAAAUCGUCGACCAUUUUAAGUCCCAAUUAUUGUAUUAUUUCAGUGACUGUUGAGUGACUAUAACUGCAGAGGAAUGCCUCCCCAACCGAGUGGUGGUAAAGCCGUGAAGAAGACAGGAAAGGCUCAAAAGGCCGUCCGAGCCGUCGAUAAGAAAGGCAAACACAGGAAGAAGAGGAAGGAGUCCUUCAGUAUCUAUAUCUAUAAAGUGCUAAAGCAGGUCCAUCCCGACACCGGCAUCUCAUCCAAAGCCAUGUCUAUAAUGAACUCUUUUGUGAACGAUAUCUUCGAGCGGAUCGCCGGCGAGGCCUCACGUCUCGCGCAGUAUAACAAGCGGUCGACCAUUACUUCCCGAGAGGUGCAGACGGCUGUCCGUCUCCUCCUUCCGGGAGAACUGGCCAAACAUGCCGUCAGCGAAGGCACUAAAGCCGUCACUAAAUACACUUCCAGCAAAUGAGUGGUCGCUUAGCGCCGGACACCGUUUUCCCCCUUCUUUUACCUCAAUAUUUCUCUAAACAUUUCCUCUUAUUUUGAUUCAAAUGUAUCCCAAAAUUGAGUUAUUAUUCACUGAUUUGACGUUAAAUACUAUUUUUAAACACUAUGUUAUCACAAAUGCUUUGGAAAUAAUUGUUUAACACCUGAACUGAACGCAGGAUUUAUGUCUUAAAAUUCAAAAAACACUUUAAAUAUAUUUCUUCUAAUUUUAUUAUUAAAUUGAAUUUAAAACAAAAUGACUUCUCGUUUAAUGUAUUGAAAACUAAUGAUGCAAUCAAUUAAAUAGACGUGUAUUUGGUAUUU